AUAAAGCCGUGCGAUCGAGGCAGAGGCUAGUCAUAUCGAUUUAUUUUCCAGACCAGCAGAGGCACGAUGAGUUUGACAAUUUUGACAGCUCUGUGUGUGGUCGGAUUGACAGUCGCUCUAAGUGACGGAGCAGCAGUAUCUCCGGAACUGUCUCUUCUUCCGUCGGAAAUCCAAGCGCUGGAUUCGAUUUUCCCACAGGAUUUGAAUGUAACCGAAUUGGAACUAGCUCUUCGUGCUGAACAUCCCCAUACGCAUCUCACUGCCGUCGAAGUGAUUAGGUUGUACAAUUACAGAGUAGAAACUCAUACCGUUAAAACAAGCGAUGAUUACAUUCUCGAGUUGCACAGAAUAACGGGUAAUAAAGAUAAUCCAAUGCCCGAUGGUAAACAUCCUAUACUUCUUCAGCAUGGAUUGUUGUGCAGCUCUAUGGAUUGGGUGCUCGCUGGUCCGGAAAGAGGAUUUGGUUUUAUUCUCGCUGAUGCCGGCUACGAUGUAUGGCUAGGAAAUGUCAGAGGUAGUAAAUACUCCCGGAGACAUAAGACACGUACCGUAGAUGAUCCUGACUACUGGAACUUUGAUUGGCAUGAAAUGGGUGUUAAUGAUCUGCCAGCCAUGAUCGAUCACAUUCUGAAAACUACCGGAUACAAAAAAUUGUUUUACGCUGGACACAGUCAAGGAAGUACAGCAUUUUUCGUUAUGGCCAGCGAGCGUCCUGAGUAUAAUGACAAAAUUAACGCUAUGUUCUCGCUUGCGCCAGUAGCCUACUGCUCGAAGAUGUUCAGUCCUAUAAUGCAAUUUCUCGCUCAAAUCGUAAAACCCAUUAACCUCGUUACAAAAUUCAUAGGCUUGUACGAAUUUAAGCCUACGAAUGAAUUUUUCAAAAAGUUCGCAUCAGUGAUUUGCGAUGCUAGUUCCAUCUUCCAACCAAUAUGCGAGAAUGCGGUAUUCAUGAUUACCGGCUUCGACAAAGAUCAAAUGGAUUUGUCGCUGCUCCCAGCUAUCUUGGCUCAUAUUCCAGCCGGAGCAGGUGUUAAUCAAUUUGUUCACUAUGCACAAAUCAUCAAAUCAGGACGAUUCCAUCAAUUUGAUUAUGGCAUGUGGGGUAAUCUAAAAAAAUACAAGAGAUUAACGCCACCAUCUUACAAUCUUAAAAAAGUGAAAGCUCCAAUUUCCCUUCAUUACAGUGUAAACGACUGGCUUUCGGAUCCAAAAGAUGUGGAAAAAUUGCACUCACAACUUCCAAACCCCGUUGGAAAGUUCCGAGUUGUUCACGACAAGUUCAACCAUCUUGAUUAUCUUUGGGCGAAAGAUGCCAAAAAACUUCUUUACAGUAAGAUCAUGAGCAUUAUGCUUCGUUAUAAAGAUUAAUUUAAAACGAAUAGUUGUACCGCAGUUUUAAAAUAAUCUACGUAACAUAGAACCAAGACUAGUCGCAAGGCGCAAAGACUUAGAAAACACUUAUUUUGCGUGGGCUAUGUGGACGUUGCUAUCGUAUUAGAGGAAUCGUAUAUAGCGACAUCCAAAGUAAUCUCAAUUGUUUACAAAAGCAAUUUCUGUUAAACGGUUCUAGUCAAAAAUUUGAACAAAUUUUAACCCAUCGUAGCAAUGGAGUUGUUUGUUGUAGAAAAUUAACACUGAAAAUAGUACUGGAUAUAUUAGUUUUCUUAGUUUAACUUUAGCUUGUAUAUUGUUAUAAGGAUGAGGAUAUACCUAUGUGAUAUGUAAUUAUAACAAUAAAUAUAUUGACUUUCUUAUAA